UUCGCAGAAGUCACAUCUUAAGAAGCAAAAUCAACAACCAAAACUCUCUCUUCUAGAAAUCUCUGUAAAACCCCAAAGUCUAAGAAAUUAAACCCAUUAUGGCCUUGCGAGCGGCGAAGGCGGCGGCACCGGCAACGAGAGGUUUACGUGCCCUGUUAUCUACCUUUUCCCCAAGCUUUCCGUUUAAUACACCCUCGAAGCAAGUUGAGAAGCCGCCACCAGCUGAACCAUCCACCAAUCUCUUCGUUUCUGGGCUUAGCAAACGUACUACCUCAGAAGGGCUUCGAGAAGCCUUUGUAAAACAUGGCGAAGUGGUCCAUGCCAGAGUUGUGACUGAUCGAGUAUCUGGUUAUUCUAAAGGUUUUGGGUUUGUUAGAUAUGCGACAUUGGAAGAUGCUGAAGCUGGUAUAAAGGGCAUGGAUGGCCAGUUUCUUGAUGGAUGGGUUAUCUUUGCCGAGUACGCAAGACCAAGACCACCACCUCCGUCAAUGCAGAACAAUAAUACAACACCUGGAUAUGGCAAUUACAAUUCAUCACCAUAUGGCAGUCAAUGAGAUGUAAACUAUGAUCAGUUCAUCGCGAUUUAAAAAACGGCUUCCAUGUUACAAGGAGGGAUUUUUGGAUCAUGACACUUCAUUGGUGUAUACUAAACUCUCUCUCAUUUAAGGAAGUAAAAUUUCUGUUAUAGAUAAAAUUUGGAUAUGAUAAACUUGAAGUUUAAUCUUUUAUGAAAAAGACUUGCUACUUUAUCAUAACAUUAGUGUUUCAGAACUCAAUUCUGUUAAAGCACAAAAAUCAUUCCAUCUUUUGUGUUCAUUUGGAUAGAAUUGAAGGUAUUAAGUGUGAAGACAGAUUGAUUUUGACAUUAUGACAUAUAUAUUGAGAUUAAUAUAUGGUAUUGCCUCGA